GAGUGGGAUAGUGGGAAGGUGUCAACACAGCGAGGUGACUGGCUACACCUGCACAAGGACAGGCAGCAUGCAGAGGAAUGCCUCUUGGGUCAAGGGCAAGAUGGAGACUUCCUACUCAGGCGGAGUACUCGCAAGAGAAUCAGCUAUGUCCUCUGUCUCCUUGCUGGUGGGCACGUCUACCACUUCGAGAUACAACGACAGGGACGCUUCUAUUACAUUGAUGAUGGUCCACUGAUGGAGAGCCUUGAGAGGCUGGUGGAGCACUACAUGCGCUGGCCUGAUGGACUCCCCCUGCUGCUCAACACUCCCAUCCCACCAUCGAAGGAUGAGGCUCCAGCUGCCAUCCCUUCUCCACCACCACUUCCACAGGUGGAGGUGGCCGUGAAGUUGCCGCAUGAGGAGAGGAAGCACAUCCAGGAUGAGUUCAUCCAAGAAGCUAAGCUCAUGAUGAGCCUCAAUCAUCCCUAUAUUGUCCGCCUCGUUGGAAUAUCCACUCACCCUCGGCUCAUGCUUGUGCAAGAGUUGGUGAGCAUGGGCUCCUUGCUGGACAUCCUGCAUACACAGGCAAAGGCAGUAAAAUCCCAUUACCACUUCAAGCUGUGGGCUGCUCAGGUCAUUCGAGAAGACCUCAAGGUGGUAUAUGGUUUUGAUGCAGGGAUGAUGUACUUGGAAGAGAAGCGCUAUGUGCACCGUGACUUAGCCUGUCGCAAUCUCCUCCUCGCAUCUUGGGACCAUGUCAAAGUUGGGGACUUUGGCCACUCACGGGCACUUGGCACCAACAAAGACUACUACCGCGCUCAACGGGGUGGACGCUGGCCUGUUAAAUGGUAUGCCCCAGAAGCUGUAAAUUUCAGUCACUUCUCGCUCAAAAGUGACAUUUGGAGCUUUGGAGUCACUCUAUGGGAGAUCUACACCUUUGGAGAACACCCAUAUGGAGAACUCCGAGGAUCUCAGGUGUUGGAAUUAGUAGAACGAGGGGAAAGGCUGAAGAAGCCUGAUCUCUGCCCUCAGUUCAUCUACGACCUGAUGCUGCGGUGUUGGACAUAUGAGGCAGAGGAGCGCCCUUCAUUUGCCCAACUCAACCUCCUCUUUUCUGAGGACACAGAGUAUGCCAAUGUCUCCUCUUGAAAGUGUGUGAAUUGGAAGCACGAGCAAUAUUUUCUGUUGAGUUUGCACUCGUGUGUUCUCCUUUCUAUGGGUAUAAUAAUGUUGACCAAUUUUUGCUUGAUCACCCAGCUUAGUUACACCUACUGUAUGUGUGAUAGCAUAUUAAGUCAGAACCAAAGUGCAUUAGCAUGCAACACAAUACAAAUUUAGGAUUUUGAUCAUCUUGAUGGUUUUUCUAGCCAGGAAUUACUUAGGGGCCUUGCUUGCUGCUAGUUAUUGAUGAUACCUGAUGAUAUUUUUCAUGUCUGGAACUGUGAGAGUAAGAAUGCCAUUCAAAAACAUAUGAUCUCACGUGCAAGUCACAGAUGGUCACGCUUUCUCCGAUCGUCACUUUCACCUGAAGCUUCCAUUUGUCUUUUUUACUGUCAUUUUUCAAAGUACAUUCUCGAAAGGGUGGAAGGGAAUUAUUUGUUAGGAAAAAACAACAUUCCUGUAAGAGAUGGAUGGGGAUUGUGAUAAUCAGACAAUUCCCAGCCAGGCAUAGAUAUGUGGAGAAAUCCUGAUCUCUUAACUUAGGUAAAAAAAAGUGUGAUGUCUGUUGCUCAUUUGAGUUUAGAUCCCAUGCAUGUAAUGGGGGAAAGACUUGAGAAUGUAUAGAACUGGAACUGGUAACCCUACAUGAUAGCUUGCAAAAGGGCCACAGCAGUACAUGUGCCUUAUUCUACAUUGCGUAUCCUAGGCGUAACCAUUUUGACCAGUUUGAGCAAUAUCUGCAUGUAAGUGGAGCUAAGGCAUCAAACCAAGUCAAUUUAAAGUGAAAGAUAAAUAGCUGGAAAAAAACGUUGCUAUAUAGGAAACAUGGCUGCUGUUGGUAAUAACCACCAGACCCGGUGACAUGGAAUUCCACUAUUUUAGAUCUCUAUUCUUAUAGUUAUGUGGUAUGUUCCUUUCAGUUAUCUAAAGUACUUGACCUGUUGCUGUGCACAUUGGCACCUGUGUGAGAGCAGUUGCACCUUGAAGGAAACCUUCUUGCUUCUUCUCCUUUAAUCUUUCUCUAUUCUCAUGGCUGUUGAUGCCCCCAUGACAUUGGAAAAAAUAAGAGCAUGGCUUGAUGAUGUUCAAGAACUUCAUCUAAAGAUGCCUGGGUACAAGAGGAAUAUUGUACCUUUUUAGCUACUUGGUACCUACCAUGGAUAGAAGGUCCAAUGAGAAACUUAUUCUACUAGUUUUACUAUCCGUUGAUUGCCUGUGAAGGAAAUCCAAAAGAUAUUGAUUGACAGAAAAUAUUGCAGGAGAAUGACUCCAGUCCUCUCCAUGUUUUACUAAUGUGAAUGUUCUAUGGUCAUGUGGGAUAAGUCUGAGCCAGAAUUAAUUUCUACCUGCCUGCACUUGAUAUAGUCACCCACAAUAGUCAUGGUCUUGCUGGCAAGGAAUUGAAAUUAUCUACAUACUGUCAAAUAGGUUUUUUUUUUUUAAUCUUUGUCAUGGAUGGUAGGAAGCUGUUCAUUGUGAUUGGAAGAUUUCUGUACAUGUGUUUGUCUAUAAAUUACUACUAUGUUAGUUGAUAUUCAAGCCCCAAAUUGAGUUUUGACUGUAUCCCAUUUUUAAAUAUUCAGAUGGAAGGAUCUGGUUCAAAUUCAAUUCAGGUUUCCAUACAUCGUGCAUCUAAAAUGAUCCAAUGUGAAUGAGUUGAGAUGUUUCAGUGGCUUUAAAACAAUGUUUUGGGGUCUUGAACCUUGAGCCAUAUUGCUUCCUAUUUUUUUGUUGUUUAAUAAUGUUGUUUAAUAUACUCUUAUCUUUGCAAUGAUGAUCCAUGGAAUUGUUGAUGAGUGAUCUAAGUGAUCAGAUGAGAAAAAGGAAUAAGCAUGGAGUUCCCAGGAUAAGCAGAAAUUGAGAAUAAUGCAGAGGGUCAGUAUCAACAUUUAGAUUGCAAUAUUUUGUGACUGAGGAUUUGCUUAGCAGUGGGAAUUAUGGAAUGCAGGAUAGUCAAGUUAUUCCUAUCAUCAUAUAUAUAUUUAGAGGACUUCCAUUUACUUUUCAAGGUACAAAUUAGGCAAAAAAUAAUUAAUUUGUUACAGUGCCACCCUGCCUAAUGUUUCAAUGCCACAGUGAUGGUGCUUAGUUGAAAGCUGAGUAUUCUGAUUUAUUACCUUGUCCAGUAUUUCAGUUCCACUUUUUGUGGUACAAUGAUUUUUGUGCCUUAUUUCCACAAGUUUCCCUUCUCGUUUCUCAUUUUCAUGUCCAUUCAGUGCCUCAUGGAUAAAAUGUGGGGCAAUGGGAAAAUCAGACUGACAAAACAUACCAUAUUCAGUCUCUUAUAUCCAGCUGUCUUAAGUGUCUUCUGUUCAUUUGCUUUGGAAUACAGCAAUGUGUGAAUUUGAUCCAUUUGUGUCAAUUUACCACAACUUGGAUCAUUCCUGUGGAAGUUCCAUUGUCUGCCUAGGUUUCCUUGUCCCCAAAAAAUCAAAUGUGUAUCCCUGGUGCUAGAACGCUGUUGCUCAGUAUGAUCAUGUGCCUCACGUGUGAAUCUCGUAUUGUUGUGUCACGACCAGAAAUGAAACGUCUAUUUUCAUCUUCAAACA